AUGUCCGGCGAUGUACAAGAACUUCUUCGACGCGUUUUAGAUCUUGAGAAGGCUCUAUUUCAAAUCCAAUCUGAAGGGCAGUCGUCGGAUCAGACCUCUCCUUGUUCCAUGCCAUCGACGACACCUGGGGCAAUACAAGAUGCCUCAACCCAAGGAAUACCAUCCAGCCUUGGUGGGCAAACUAGCCAAACUCUCCCAUCUUCUGUUAACUCUCCUUCGGAGACACCUACAACUUUCAAGCCCCAGACCAGGGACAUUGCUGAUGUUGCACAAUACCUGGGACAGAAUUGGUAUCACAAGGGCAUACCCAUUCUAUCCGAGAGGGGCCGGGAUUGGAUUCGAUUGAAAACUGGACAAGACGCUCAAUUUGAGCGGUUUCAUAUGUUUGGUUCAAAACGCGGCUUUCCUGCUCUCCCAUUAACCAAUCUCUCAUACCACGAGCUUCACAAGCUGCCCGACCGGCAUUAUGCUGAGAGCUGCCUCGAUGCCUUCUUCGGAUCAUCAUUUAGCCUCUUCUACCCCGUCCUUGAUCGAGCCUUUGUUCAAGAGACGCUGGAGGCGGCCUAUCAAGAUCACAUCGACUCAUCCUUCACGCGCUCUCAAGUAUCAGCCAAGGCCUGCAUCCUGGCGGCCCUUUGCAUGAUAACGCGGACGGUGAGGCCCAAGGAUGCUUCAAAACCACUCCAAGGUGGCUUGUACGUGGACCAAGCAAAGUCCCUUUUGGCUCUUGUCUCUUGGGAGGCAUGCAUUGAGGGUCUUCAGGCAACCCUCAUGUUGCAAAUUUGUAAAAUAUCAGUCGGAGAGUGGGAAGACGCUUCCACACUCCACUCAAUUGCUUGUCACAUGGUCUGCAACCUCGGUGGGCAUUUGAAUCAGCGGACGACAUGCGCUUCUUCGAGCGUAGCUUCCGAAAAAAAGCUCCGGCAUAUCAGAACACUCUUUUGGAUGUCGUAUAUCUUCGACAAGGACAUAUCACUUCGGUCCGGGCAGCCUCCUUUGCUCACCGAAGACUACUGUGACUUGGCUGCCCCUGAAGGAUACGCCAGCCGAUAUGAUUGUCAAGCUCCCUCAGAUCAAGACACCAGCACCUUUGGGCGACUAGUGCCUUACCUCCCAGGAGACCUUGGUUUAAGUCACGUCAAGGAGAAAGCAUGCCGCCUGCUUUACUCGCCCAAAUCAUUCACCAUGGAUGAUACUCAGAUUCUCCUUCACAUCCGCCAUCUCGAUAUUGACCUUGAAAGUUGGCGAUCGUCCAUUCCGGUCAAAUAUCGGCCCAAGCUCUCUGUCACACCUGGAGGACCGUUAUUCGAUUCAGAGAUGAACUCUUUGCAACGCAUCAGAUGUUUGCAUUUACAGCUUGAAUACCACUAUGUGGUAACGGCCAUUCAUACAGCCGUCAGGCGAUGCGGUGCUGCUUAUGCUGAAGCCCCAAAUCUUCCUGAUGAUCUUCAUAGUGUCUUCCACUCCAGCAGUGAUCUAUCUUUGGAAGCCAGUCGUUCGACAUUAACACUGCUUGAGGAACAUAUAAACCUCCUAGAAGAAGAGGCGUUCUGGCGCGUCGCUUUCUAUCCUCCUGUUGCGGCCAUGUCUUUGUUCAUGAACAUCCUAAUCCACCCCAUUGAUCCUCGCGGACAGGUAGAUCUGGGUAUCUUGGCAUCGGCCAUCUCAAUAUUCCAGACUACCUCUGUGCAAAGUCUGACCACGGAUGACAUUGAGUAUUUACAGGAGAUGAAUAACUUCGUGGCGGAGCUUGUGCGACUCGGUAAUCUUGCCAUAUGGAAGGCAAAAAAGGAAGAGAAUAGGGAAUCAAGGGAUAGAGAGUGA